AUGGCUGGAAUUCUUUCAUGGCUGUGGAGGUAUAGGAAUUACAUUGUGAUAGUUCUGACACCUCUUCUGCUUCUGCCUCUGCCACUGGUCAUCCCAACCCAGGAAGCAAAAUGUGGCUUUGUGAUAAUCCUCAUGGCACUGUACUGGUGUACAGAGUGUAUCCCUCUGGCUGUGACCGCCCUGCUGCCUGUCAUUCUGUUCCCAAUGAUGGGCGUCAUGGAGUCAGGCGAGGUUUGUAUCCAGUACCUGAAAGACUCCAACAUGCUCUUUAUUGGUGGACUGCUGGUGGCCAUUGCUGUCGAGCACUGGAACCUGCACAGGAGGAUUGCCCUUCAAGUUCUACUUAUUGUAGGGGUGAAACCAUCUCUUCUGAUGAUUGGUUUCAUGAGCACCACAGCUUUUCUGUCCAUGUGGAUCAGUAACACGGCCUCUACAGCCAUGAUGCUGCCCAUUGCAAAUGCUGUGCUGCAGCAGCUGUGUGACACAGAGGCCAACGCUGAAGAGAGGGAUUUUAGUCUGACUGCUGCAAAGGAUGGUCAGGAAAACCAAGCAUUUGAGAUGGAUGACCGCAAAGGAAGUGACGAUAAAGAGCUCAAACCAAAAGACAGCAAUAUCAACAUGGGUGUGAGUCCAGAGAUGGAGCAGCGACGACUGAAGAGGGAGCAGGAGUAUAUAAAGCUAUCGAAAGGCAUGAGCUUGAGUGUUUGUUAUGCUGCUAGCAUUGGAGGGACAGCCACCCUCACUGGAACCACACCUAAUGUCAUCCUGAAGGGCCAAAUUGAUGAACUCUUCCCAGAAAAUGGAGGUAUAAUCAACUUUGCAAGUUUUUUUGGCUUCUCAUUCCCCAACAUGGUGCUAAUGCUUGCUCUGUCAUGGUUGUGGCUGCAGUUUAUGUUUCUGGGCUUCAACUUGAGAAAAUCCUUUGGAUGUGGCACAAAGAACGAUAGUGACAGGGAAGCUUACCAGGUAAUCAAAGAUGAGUACAAAAAGUUGGGCAGGAUGAGCUUCGCUGAGAGCUGUGUGCUGGUUAUCUUCACGUUGCUGGUUCUUCUGUGGUUUACCAGGGAGCCCGGGUUCAUACCCGGCUGGGCCACUGUGCUCUUCAACAAAGAGAAGCCGUAUGUCACAGAUGGUACUGUGGCCAUAUUAAUGUCAGCACUCUUCUUCUGCAUCCCAUCCAAUUUGCCCAGAUGCUGUGGGAAGUCCAGGGAUGGGGCUCCUACUGAAGCCCCUUCACCUUUGCUUAGUUGGGACAUUGUCCAUGAAAAGAUGCCUUGGAACAUCCUUUUACUUCUGGGAGGAGGUUUUGCAUUGGCUCAUGGAAGUGAGAAAUCUGGACUUUCCGUAUGGCUGGGAGAAAGUCUAAUACCACUGCAGAGCAUCCCACCCUUUGCCAUCUCCAUCCUGCUGUGUCUGCUGGUGGCCAUGUUCACCGAAUGUUCCAGCAACACCGCCACCACCACUCUCUUUCUGCCAAUACUGGCCUCCAUGGCCACUGCCAUUAAGAUACACCCGCUGUAUGUCAUGUUUCCCUGCACCAUCUCUGCCUCGCUGGCUUUCAUGCUGCCUGUGGCCACUCCACCCAACGCCAUCGCCUUCUCCUAUGGCAACCUUAAAGUCAUGGACAUGGCCAAGGCUGGAUUCAUUCUGAACUUUCUUGGAGUCAUAACCGUCAACAUUGCCAUUAACACAUGGGGUGUGGCGAUCUUCCAGCUGAAUACCUUUCCCAGUUGGGCUAAUGUCACCAAAACUCCUUGAAUAUGAACUCAGGAAAAUGGACACGGGGAGAAAAAGGGGGACAUAAACAAUACCUGCUAAUUUAUCAGGAUUCCACCAACAGAAGACUGGGCAAGCAGGUGUAUUAGUUUAUUAAUGUCAAACUUCCUUGUGUAUUCCAGCCAGUACAGCC